AUGACAAAGACAGAGCUGACGGCGUUUCAGCGAGCCAACGAAGCCGUUUCUUAUCUCAGAGCUAGCUUGCCAGAAAGCCUGCAAAAACCCCAGGUCGCAAUCGUAUGUGGCUCAGGACUAGGAGGGCUUGCAGAUACGAUUCAAUCCGACUCACGAAUUGAAUUCGACUAUGCAUCUAUCCCCCAUUUUCCUCGUUCAACGGUCGCUGGGCAUGCUGGAAAGCUGGUCUUUGGCUUCCUCGGCCAGAAUAUCCCUGCAGUAUUGAUGGUUGGCCGUGCUCAUUACUACGAGGGACACUCAAUCGACCAAGUGGCAUUCCCAAUCCGAGUCUUCAAACAGUUGGCUGUGAACACGGUUGUCUUGACCAAUGCGGCCGGAGGAUUGAAUUCUGAAUACGCUGUAGGGGAUCUCGUCCUAUUGAACGACGCAAGUAGAACCCCAGCGGAACUAUCGAGUGCGAUUGCUAACACUGACCCGCAGCACCUCUUCUUGGCCGGGCUAGCAGGAACUCAUCCAUUGCGGGGGGCCAAUGAAGAAGAGUUUGGAGUGCGAUUCCCGCCCCUGUCUGAUGCAUACGACCUUGAGCUCCGUCGCCACGUGCAUCAAGCAUGGAAGACUGUCAUGUCACCGGAAAGCGACAGAAAGUUGCACGAAGGUGUAUAUGCAUUUGUCGCAGGUCCUACAUACGAGACAAGAGCUGAAAGCCGAAUGCUUCGAAUGCUCGGUGCCGAUGUGGUUGGCAUGUCCACAGUGCCGGAGAUAGUCACUGCCAGACAUUGUGGGCUCCGAGUGCUUGCCUUCAGUUUGGUCACCAACCAGGCCGUGUUGUCCCCUGUCCCACGGGGCGACGAGGACUUGCUCCAAAACAAAGCCGCAGGUGAAUUGAGCGCCAUCCUGGAGGAGGGCAAGGCGACACACGAAGAGGUUCUCGAAGCUGGCCGCGCGGCAGCCAUUGACAUGCAGAAAUUGGUUAUCCAAACCCUCGUGAAUGUCUUCGAUCGCGCCUAA